GAUAAAAGCUAGCUUAGCUUAGCUUAGCUAGAAUGGGACGGAAGUGGGGUGUUAUUAUGGUGCAGGCGGCAGUGAUGAUAUGUGCAGUAACAGCGCCGGCGGCGGAUGGAGCUGCGGGGGGGAAGUGGGAUUUACUGGUGGGAAACGUGGGGAUUGCAGCCAUGCACAUGCAACUGCUGAACAACGACAGGGUAGUGAUCCUGGACCGCACCGACUUCGGGCUGUCCAACAUCUCCCUCCCGCCCGGGCAGUGCCGUGAAGACGCGAACGAUUUGGCGACCAAAGUGGACUGCACCGCCCACUCCGUGGAGUACGACGUGGCCGGCAACACGGUGCGCCCUCUCAUGGUCCAGACCGACGUCUGGUGCUCAUCCGGAGGGGUGAUGCCGGACGGCACUCUGGUACAGACCGGGGGAUGGAACGACGGGGACCACGUCGUCCGGGUGCUCGCCCCCUGCGCCGACAACAAAUGCGACUGGGUGGAGCUCCCGGGCGCGUUGCUGCAGUGGCGGUGGUACGCCACCAACCACAUCCUGCCGGACGGCCGCCAAAUCAUCAUCGGGGGGCGCGAGCAGUUCAACUACGAGUUCCAUCCCAAGAGGGCGGGAGGCGGGGAGCUGCUGUACGAUCUGCCGUUUUUAGCGGACACAAAUGACCCCGGAGCUGAGAACAAUUUGUACCCCUUCGUCUUCCUCAACGUCGACGGACAUCUCUUCAUUUUCGCCAACAAUAAGGCCAUUUUGUACGAUUAUGUUAAGCAUGCCGUCGUCAGAUCCUACCCCGCAAUGCCCGACGCCCAACCCAGGUACAUGCAUGCAUACAUGCUCACGCAUGUCAUUGUUUUUCUCUUAAAAUAUGAC